AUGAAUUACAGUGUUCUCUCGAAGCUGACAUGGACCGCCAGUGCCCCGGCCCUCAAAUUGCGGCUACUCCAUACAUGGAUUGCUGGGAAUCCAAAGCGCCAAGAUGGAUUUUCCGAGUUUGCGACGCUAUGGACGGAUGAGUUGGGCGUGCUGGUGCAGGGCCUUGCAGCACGAACAUUGUCUUCCCAUUUGAGUGACAUACUCAUUGUUGGGGAGGUGUACUUCAUCAAGCAGUUUGGCCAACGUGAAUCACGGAAGCGCUGGGCGGCCUGCUCCAAUGACAGGACCUUGCAUUUCACUUCCAGCACUUCCUUUUUGCUGUCCGACCAGGAAGAGUCCACCUUCUGUGCUGAUAGCUUUGAAUUCCGCCAGUUUGAGGACCUUCCACCAAUGGCUCGCGAACCUACCUUUUGUGUUGAUGUGGUGGGUCGUCUGGUCUCUGUCACACCUGUGACUUACUUCCAGAGACAGGAGCAUUCGGUUAAGAAACAGACUAUUGUCAUUGAAAAUGAGCGGAAAUUUUCACUCUCGAUUACACUGUGGGCGGACUUUGCGGACAAGCUACCCCUUGCUGACCUCAUACUCAUAGACAACGCUGCACCAGUCAUCGCCGCUUUUACCAGCCUCAAUUUGUCCCUAUGGCGUGGGACUGUGGGCGCUUCAAACACAUCUGCCACUCGCAUAGUCGUCUCCCCAACAACUCAGGAGUCUCAGGCCCUCGCUGCAUUCUUUGUUGAUGCUGUUGCGCCAAUUGGGGUGGUCCCAGCUGAAUGCGACACUCCUGAAAAGGCCCUAACAGUGUACCGUGAAUCCUUCAAAACAAUUCCAGACCUACAGGAGAUCCGGUCUGAUAGUACUAUGGGUGGCAAGUUCCGCUGCAAGGGAAAGGUUACUGACAUAGAUACAUCCCACGAAUGGUGCUAUCUUGGUUGCGCUGUUUGUUCCAGAACUGCUGUUCGUCGUGAUGCACCCUUCUGGUGUGAGAAGUGUCAGGCAACAAUCCAUCCUCAUCAACUAAAGCAGUGCUUCCGCAUACGUCUCAUGGUCCACGAUGGUUGCGCAUUUGCUCCUUUUGUGUUACUUGGUCAGACUGCAGAGUCCUUCCUCGAGGUGUCUGCCAGUGUUCUGCUUGCUGCUGCACCUGACCGCGGAGGCGGGUACCCUCCAGAGAUAGAAGCUUUGAUGGGACAGGAAUGCAUCUUUCUGGUCAACCUUCCUCUUGGCCAGGCAUCAGAUCCGAUGGAUGACUUCUGUGCUUUGGCCGUUGAGAAGGACGACAACCUGCAGACCGUUGAUGCACGAGGCCACGGGCCACGUUUUGGGAAGAAGGCCCACAGUGUCGUUACCACGGUUCACAGGUUUCCUUUGCUGCCAUCUGUGGCUGUCGCUAAUCUGAUCACCGCUUCAAACAUCCCAACUACGCCAAUGAAACAACUGAAAACCGCUGCGAGUACUACCAGCUCACCCAACUCCGUUGGCUUGAAUUCACCUUUAGCAGCAAUCAACAUUCUAAGCAAUGUCUCUCGCGGUAAAGACAAAGUGGUGGAAACCGAUGCUUCCCAUCCAAACGUUGUCACUAAACUGGCUUGUGCGCCUACCCAUCCCAAUUCCUCUUGCAAGGACACCACAGAUGUCCAUGACAGUCUGGUGUCCAUUCCCGGGUUGAAGAAGGAUAUCCCGCCUGCUAUGCUUCCCAUCAACCCGGUCACCCACCCUCUUGCGAAGGUAAAGCUAGAAAAGUUGGGGUCAUCACUGAGGAACAAGAAACAACAGCCAGCAGACUGUGAUGACAUGCCUAUUUCCCAGUUGAAGAAAAAAACUACCAAGCCCAAGUCUGCCGCGAAGAAGCUCUUCGGUUGA